UUCAAUUGCUUCAAAAUCAUCUGCUGCAUAUGAUGAACUGAGGGGUACUUUUACAGGAAGUGGCACCAUUGAAUUACCAAGCCGACGUCAAUUGAGAGAUUACAGCAAUGCAAUUAAACCGAAGACUGGUUUCAACCCACCUGUUAUUGAAACUUUGAAAAAAAUGGUGAAAGAUUAUCAACCAGUCGAGAGAUUUGUUGCUAUUUUGUUUGAUGAAAUGAAAGUUCAAAGUGGACUGGUAUGGGACAAGCAUUCAGGUGAACUGAUUGGCUAUAUUGACUUAGGAGAUCCUGAUACAAACUAUGCAACACUUGAAAGUCAAUACAUGAUAGCCACUCAUGCACUUGUCUUUAUGGUAAAGGGCAUAUGCUCCAAACUACAGUUUGUGUUGGGGUAUUUUGCAACAGGAGCAAUUACAUCAUUUCAAUUAUUCCCAAUCUUUUGGAAGGCGGUCUCGAUUUUAGAAAUGUCUUGUGGACUUGCUGUUGUUGUUGCUACAGCUGAUGGCGCGUCACCAAACAGACGGUUCUUCAAAAUGCAUGAAGAAAUGAAUUCUGUGAAUGAUAAGGAU